CGCUGACAUUCCCCUCAAAAUUUUUUGUUAGGCGGCACCGCGGGCACCUUUGCUCCGCGGUGAUUGGCUCGCGGCGGGGGCCUCUUGCUUGUCCAAUAUGGCGGCGCCCAGUGGCGGUGUGAACUGUGAGGAGUUCGCGGAGUUCCAGGAAUUACUCAAAGUGAUGAGGACGAUUGAUGACAGAAUAGUACAUGAAUUAAACACUACAGUUCCGACAGCUUCCUUUGCAGGGAAAAUUGAUGCCAGCCAAACCUGUAAACAACUUUAUGAGUCUUUGAUGGCAGCUCAUGCCAGUAGGGAUAGAGUCAUAAAAAACUGUAUAGCUCAGACCUCAUCAGUAGUAAAACACCUCCGAGAAGAGAGAGAAAAGAAUUUGGAUGAUUUAACAUUAUUAAAGCAACUUAGAAAAGAACAGACAAAGUUGAAAUGGAUGCAGUCAGAACUGAAUGUUGAAGAAGUAGUAAAUGACAGGAGCUGGAAGGUGUUUAAUGAACGCUGCCGAAUUCACUUCAAGCCUCCAAAGAAUGAAUAAAAAGAUACUUUUUAAAAAAAAAAAAAAAUGGACCGGUCAUCUCAUAAGAGCUAAGCA